GGGGAGCCCGCGGGCAGGGCGGCAAGGUCGUGAUCCGCGUCCCUGCCACCCCCGCCGAGCUAGCCCAGCUGCCGAGAACUGGCAGGGCUUGUACGCGGCGGAUCACAUGGCGGCGGCACAGCAGGAAGUUCGAUCUGUUCCUGGGUGGCGCGUCGAAGCUUCGGUCUUGCUCCGAGGCGCUCGGAGCGCGUAACCGAUCACGGUGGGGGCUUCCUGGGAAUUAUGGAAAUUGAACUUCAACACAACCAGAAAUCCUCUUUCGAAAAACUGUUUUAAAGGAUUCCACUGCCAUCUUACAUCUGCUUCCUAAUCUCUGAGUAAUUUAACAAGAUCUGCUGCAUUCAUAAUCUCUUCAGUGAUGAAAUAUUGCUGGGAAGUAUGGAUAAAAAUAUUGCAGAGCAGCUUAAUAAGGCAUAUGACGCAUUUCGACAGGCGUGUAUGGAGAGAGAUUUUGCUAGAAAAGAACUAAGGCAAAAGACAGACAGCUAUGAGAAGCAGAUACAUGAACAGCAGGAAAAAAAUGAAUUUCUAAUGAGCAUUGUUGCAAAACUCAAAUCACAAUUGACUUCUAUGGCUGCCAAAAGAGGCAACACACAAAGUCAAGUUCCAGUCCAUGAAGACAAUGACAUGAGAAGAAAUGGUACCUUGUUGAACUCAGAUUUUGAUCAGCUCCAAGAACAGCUGAAAUUGGCAAUGCAAAGGGAAAAGCUUUUGAAGGAACAAUUGGAAAGUGAGAGUAUAAAAUUUAAAAAAAUUGAAGAAGAUAGUAAUUUAAAGGAAAAAAAAUUUGAAUCUAUUAUCACUGCCAAAGAAGAUGAAAUAAGGAAUCUAAAAAAGCAGCUGAAAGAAAGAAGUGAAGCACAAAAUUGCUUACAGGUAUCAAGAUAUGAAAAAGAGAAGGCAAGGAGUGAAAAACAGCCUUCGUCUAGACAGGAAUUAUCAUCAGGGGUCUCUUCUGCAUCUGUCUGUGAAAGGGAUGAACUGGAAAGUGUUUUCUGGGGCAUGAAGGAAGAAUUCAGUCGAAUACGUGCACUGGCAAGAGCACAGACGGACCAGCUGAAUAAAUGUAACCUAAGGAGAGAACCUACAACUGAAAUUCCUUUUUCCAAGCCUAUCCAGUGCACUGAUGAACAAACGGAUGACCUUUGUAAUCCAUGGGUUAAAAAGGAUACCAACAGAGAUGUACCUCAUUUCCCAUCUAUUGCUUCAAGAGGAAUGGGACCAGACGAGGAAGAAAACUCUGUGGAAUCCCUUUCUAAGCUUAAUGUCAAGUUCCCACCUACAGAUAGUGAUACUGAAUUCUUGGAGAGCUCUUCAGAGACUACUCCAAUUCUAAACACUCUGACGACUGAAAACAUGCUCCCAAAUCUGCCAUUUAACAUGGACCUUGAGGACCAGGAGCCUCCGUGGAAAUCUUACUGCACUCAAGACACUGACUUACUGGCACUUGCUUCUGAAGACUCGGAACUCAGACAGUCAGGAAUAUGUGAAUUCUGUCAGAAAGUCUUCCCACCAUCUCUUACAUCCAGGGAGGAUUUUCUGAGGCAUCUGAAUUCACAUUUCAACUUGAAGUCUUAGCAUCACUGGAAAACAGACAAGUUUUAUUUAAUUUAAUUGUGGAUGCUGUCUUUGAUCUUGGUCCCAACAGAUAUAAAAAUUUGAGAAUAUAAGGUGGCAUUUAUAACAAUCUGUUGCGUUCAUGCCCAACAUUAAUAUAAUUAAAAUCAGAUACAAAGCCCUAAAAUAAACAUAUUGAAACUCC